AUACUUAUGAAGAGCAGAGAGGAAAGGGAAGUUUUCCAGCUAUGAUCACCCCCGCAUACCAACGGGCCAAGAAAGCCAAUGAACUGGCAAGCCAGGUGCAGUAUAAGCGUGGGCAUGAUGAACGUGUUUCCAGGUUCACUACAGUGGCAGAUACCCCUGAGCUCCUGCGUGCCAAGGCUGGUGGACAGCUUCAAAGUGAUGUGCGGUACACAGAAGACUUUGAGCAACAGAGAGGAAAAGGGAGCUUCCCUGCUAUGAUCACUCCAGCUUACCAGAUUGCAAAAAAAGCCAAUGAGUUAGCCAGUGAUGUAA